ACACAUUUGAGCCUCGCCAGCCACCGUAUGAGUUUGUUUUGGAUGUAGCUAAGCUAGGGUUAAUGGAAGUUUUGUGUAGUUUUAUGUCAAUAUGAUAAAUAAGUUGUUUUAAAAAUAAAACCAAAACAAACAGCUGCACUAUUUUAUUAUUUUCUCUCGACUUUUUGUACGUUUGCUGGAGGGCAACCACUAAACUACUGGAAACCGCUUAUUUUUGUUUCGUUGGUUACUAAAGAAUCCGGACUUUGCUGCGUUCAAAGGGCGAUGUUGUCAGUCAUUGUAAGGUCAGCUCUCCCCAAAUGCCGGACAUUGUGGCUGCCCGGUCAGGCUUUGAUCAGGACCAUGUCUUCUUCAGCUGGGCCCAUCCCUCCGUACACUGCUUUGGCCAUCAGUCGCCCUGCAGAGUCCAUCACACAUGUAGAACUUCAUCGGCCUGAAAAACGCAAUGCCAUGAACAAAGCUUUCUGGAGUGAGAUGGUGGACUGCUUUAAUGAGAUUGCUGAUGACCCAGAGUGCAGAGUGGUGGUGGUCUCUGGAGCUGGGAAGAUCUUCACAGCUGGUAUUGACCUGAUGGACAUGGCAGGUGACAUCCUCCAGCCAGAAGGCGACGACACAGCCAGAGUCUCCUGGAACAUGAGAAAAAUAAUCAGCAAGUACCAAGAAACGUUCUCCGUGAUAGAGAAGUGUCCAAAGCCUGUUGUGGUGGCAGUUCAUGGCGCCUGUAUUGGAGGAGGUGUUGACCUGAUUACAGCCUGUGACAUUCGCUUGUGCACCCAGGAUGCCUGGUUCCAGGUUAAGGAAGUUGAUAUUGGACUUGCAGCAGAUGUUGGGACUUUGCAGAGGCUUCCUAAAGUCAUUGGCAGCCGCAGUCUAGUGAAUGAGCUGGCUCUGACUGCCAGGAAGAUGUACGCUGAUGAAGCCAGGAGCUGUGGACUGGUCAGUCGAGUAUUUGCAGACAAGGAGGCUAUGAUGGCUGGCGCCCUGGAGAUGGCCGGGGAGAUUGCGGCCCGCAGUCCUGUAGCUGUGCAGGGCACAAAAGUAAACCUCAUUUAUGCCAGAGAUCACAGCGUAACUGAAGGACUGAACUUCAUGGCCACAUGGAACAUGAGCAUGCUUCAGACUCAAGAUGUGAUGAAAUCAGCUCAGGCAACAAUGGAGAAGCAGAGUCCCAAAACUAUAGUUUUCUCCAAACUCUAAAACUAAAUGCAUGUAAAGAUAAAAGUGCAGCAGCUUGCUUUACUCCUCCACUAUGGCCUUUUAAGAAGAGGAACCACAUGAUUUUUUUUAAACAUUACUGGGUUGGAGAUGCCUAAACUCAAAUCUGUCUAGCAUUGAAUGUGGAAUCUAGAAAUAACUUGAUGGUCCAUCUGAAAUGGCAAUUUUUAAGUGUCAUAUUACUUUACUUACCCCCAAGCGGCCACUAAUCUCCUAAACUGUAUUAACAUACUGAUAUCAGUCUAACCCAGUUUGAACAAAGGAUCUGAGCUCAGUCAGAAUUGCUCUCACUUGUCUUUCAUUGUGAAAUGGUUUGGUUUGUUUAUAAGCUAACUGCCCUAAAAUCAUGAGCCACUUUUGUAAAUGAUCAAAUAACUUCAUGAAUGUUUAUUAAAUAAACUUGAGGAAAUGUGUUGAUUUGCAA